UCUGUGUUUUUAGUUCUCACGUGUAUUUUGUUCACUUUGUUUUUGAAUAGUUAUUCGUAUUUAAUUCUAAUAGUAAUUAAACUAAAAUGCCGAAAAUCAAAGCAGAAAAGAAAUGUAGAGUUCAUAAUGAAAUCGCAAAACAAGGAAUUCAAUUCAACAAGGAUUUUGGCCAACAUAUUCUAAAAAAUCCCCUUAUUAUCACAUCGAUGUUAGAUAAGGCGGGCUUAAGACCUACAGAUGUAGCCCUUGAAAUUGGUCCCGGUACUGGUAAUAUGACUGUAAAAAUGUUAGACAGAGUCAAGAAAGUUGUAGCCUGUGAAAUUGAUACUAGAUUAGUUGCCGAGCUGCAAAAGAGAGUUCAAGGAACACCCUACCAAGCAAAGCUACAGAUUCUAGUUGGGGAUGUAUUGAAAACGGAGUUACCGUUUUUUGACAUUUGUGUAGCAAAUAUACCUUACCAGAUCAGUUCACCUCUGGUAUUCAAAUUGCUGCUACAUAGGCCAUUCUUCAGAUGUGCAGUAUUAAUGUUCCAACAGGAAUUUGCCCAAAGACUAGUAGCAAAGCCGGGUGAUAAACUGUAUUGUAGAUUGUCCAUAAAUACACAGCUGCUAGCUAGAGUUGACAUGUUAAUGAAGGUUGGCAAAAACAAUUUCCGACCUCCACCAAAAGUUGAAUCCAGUGUUGUAAGAAUAGAACCAAGAAACCCCCCACCACCUAUCAAUUUUGUCGAGUGGGAUGGCCUGACCAGAAUAGCAUUUGUCAGAAAAAACAAAACACUAUCAGCAGCUUUCAAACACAGCACAACCAUGGCAGUCCUUGAAAAGAAUUACAGAGUUUAUUGCUCACUACAUAAUACGGAUAUACCUGAAGAUUUUGACAUUAAGCAAAAAGUUCAAGAAAUUCUAACAAAGGCCGAAGCAGAUCAAAUGCGCGCCCGGACAAUGGACUGUGAUGAUUUCAUGAAGCUACUGCAUGCUUUUAAUGCGGAAGGAAUACACUUUGCAUAACAA